UGGUCGCUCGAGGGGCGGACUCGUCCACCUACGUACCGAGGGCUUUAAAUUACCAUUAUUUCCAGCAAAGCAAAUCAAAGCACCAGCGCUCAUUGUGCGUUUAUCCAUACUUUAGAAAGGCAAAGGAGGAUUACUUUGUAACUGACGCCUUUUUUCCCCUCGAAAUGACAGCAGAAAGCGAUAUGGAGGCACUACGACCAUCGACUGGCAAAAACUCCGGCAGCCCGUCGAUUUGGCUUCUGGCGACAGUCUUGGUUCUUUUCGUGACUCUGAUCGGGGGAACAGUGACAGUCACCUUGAUGGUGAUGGAGAUCAGGAGAGAGCUGGCCGGAAUGAACAUGACCCACCCGCACAAUCACAGCAAGGUGCAUCAGUUUUCCUCCAUCUUAACACCGAAAGACGAACAUGUAAAGAACAUCACCAUGAUGUGGGAACUGCACCCAGGGCAGAGUGGAGUGACCUACAGUGGGAACAAUGGAAAGAUACAGGUUGAGCAUAAUGGAACAUACUUGAUGUACUUGAACUUGGAAGUGCACUGUAAUCUUCAUAGUUCCUGCAGUGGGGCCUCGUUGACUAUCAGGGUCAUAGACCAAACCAAGACAAAGUUAACCUGCGUGGUGACGCUUCCACCAAAUGUGAAAACCGUGUGGGCAAACGAUUGCUUGUCCGUGGUGCCUCUGAGUGCCCAGGAACCCCUCAUGGCAGUGAUGAUUUCCACUGUGGAAAACGAGGAGUGGAAGCUGAUCCGGAAGCAUAGCAGGCUGGGGCUCCUCCCGGUGGACAAGCUGGGGAAGUGAGGCUGCAGAUGCGCUCAUGGAUGCGCGGAGAGCCGGAGCCCAGGGCCCGCGGAGCUCGAGCUGGAGCGCCCAAAGAUCUGCAGAACCUCACAAAGCAGAGAUGGUGUGCCCCUUUGCAGAGGAGCUAUCGACGGACACCAAGUCAGAGCCCGUUACUUCAACGGAGACGUGCGGUGCUUUCUGAGACACUUUGUGCCAAGAUGAAAUUGUGACGUGGCGCAGGGACUACAAAUCGCAACUACCCCAGUUCAUUUCCUGAUUCCUGUAUACGUCAAGCACUACAGUGGGACACUCAGGGUGGUAUUUUGUGAUGUAUCCAGGGCUUGGGCUUUCAGGAUAGCUAGACAUUUUCCUGUUGAUCCAAAUACAGUCACAUUUGACUGAUUAUUACUAUUAUUAUUAUUGUUGUUGUUGUAUUUAUUAUUAUUAUUAUUAUUAUUGUUAUUAUUAUUGUUGUUGUUGUUGAUGGUGGUGGUGGUGGUGAGUUUGUGUGUGUGCCCUGUGAUGAACUAGCAUCCUGUCCAUCAAACCAUUGAUGGAUGGGUCAUUAUCAUUAAGUAAUCGCCAGUGUUGUUUUACUCACUACUAUGUGUUAUUGUUAUAUAUAUAUAUUUUUGUAUUAUUUAUAACCUGCACUUUGGUUUGUUAACCUGACACCGUUGUUCAUUUUUUUGGGAGGCAUGUACCCAGGUGACUCCUCCUGGGGGGGCAGGGGGUGUCUUUCCUUUUGAGGUCCUACCCCCCCCCCCCCCCAUCCCCGCAUCGGGUCUACAGCUCAGACCGGAUGCACUCUUAGACCUUCUGUCCCUUUGCUCCACAGCACUACUUUACUGGCAUUAAUGGUCAACGUUGCAUUUAAACUCUUAUGUAUUUGCUUUGCAUCACAAUUGUGUGAAUGCAUGAGGGGAAGCAUACAAAUGUUUAAACUAACAGUAAAUGUAUAUUGAGAAAUCAAUAAAAGGAAAAUCAAUCUGCUAA